AUGACCGUCCAGGCGAGGAGGCACUCCGCGGCCUACAAGUCCCCAUCACCCUAUAAUACACGAGAUACAGACGUCGAAAAACAACCUACACCCGCCCGUCAACCAUACCACCACUACCGGAGCGAUGAUCCUGAUUCCGACCACGAGUCGCUGGACGAUAAUAAGGUCGCGGAAUCCUACCCGCCGCCCAUAAUAGCUGGCGGCAGUCUUCGCCGCCCCCAACCUGGCUUCGGCUUUCGCGUGCCCCAACGGAUCAUGCGAUGGCUCUGCUUCGCUCUUUUCGUUGCGCUCGUCCUCUUCAUCCUCACUCUCUUCCGCUUUACCGUCUCUAGCUCCGUUUCACAAGUCGCUGUGGAUUUACCCAAGGUCGGCGCGGCGAAGCCACCAAAGUGGGAGAGUUUCGAUUUCCUCCAUCGCUACGAGGGUGGUAUUUCCUCCCUGGUCCCGCGUGCCGAUAAUGUCCCCGAAUACCCCGGCGAUGGCUCCGAGGACCUGGCUAUGAGGACGGAUCAACUCGACGAGCAGGAUGAACCUGAGCAGGAACAGGAACCGGACGCCAACAAGGUGGUUAAGAGGGAUCUGGCUCCGAACAUGCUGAGCAAUGUCUUCAAUCCUUACCCCGCUUACCAGGCGCCUGAAUACAUUGAGAAAUACGGCGAAAAGCGUGAGUGCUUCCUUAACGCAGAGAACACGCUACGAGUUCCGUCUAUUCAGAGCUACCCUGGAAUCCCAAAGGGUUUCCCGGAUCCAGUGAUCGGCUCGAAUACAAUUUUGGGUAUUCGAGACGACAUGUGCUUUGAUCGAUUUGGUCGAUUGGGCCCGUACGGGUUGGGAUACGGAGUGAAGAAGGGCGGCACUGGCGCCGGCAUGGAGGGCCACCGUGAGGGCGCCGACCGUGUGUGGGACGAGGUCCCGCCGGUGGACUUCCGCGAGGUGGAUUGGGCUGCUGCACAACACCGCUGUCAUGCGGCUAACCGCCAUCGCUUCAAUGAGCUGACGGAGCCGCGUCUUAACCGGUUUGUUUCUAUGCCCGUAGGCGUGCCCAAGGUGAACAUCCCGCCGCCUGUGGAAGAUACACGCAAGGAGCAGCCUAAGGUUGGAUCUGAGCGUCUUCCACGUACUGCUGUGGUUAUCCGCACCUGGCAUGACUUCAGGUAUACACCGGAGGAUAUCAUGUACAUGCGCUCCGUCAUCUCGGAACUUUCCCUGAUGUCUGGCGGUGAAUAUACUAUCCACUUCCUGGUUCAUGUCAAGGAUACGAAUCUGCAGAUCUGGUCCGAUGAUGACACAUACCAGCGUGUGCUCAAUGAUGCGCUGCCAGAGGAAUUCCGUGGCAUGGGAACUCUCUGGUCCGAGCAGCAGAUGGAACUGAUGUAUCCUGGAUUGGAGGAGACCUUGACCCGCGGCUUGCCAAUCCACGGUGUCUAUCGCAGCACGUACAUGCCCAUGCAGUACUUCGCUUUCCAGCAUCCCGAGUAUGAUUACUUCUGGAACUGGGAGAUGGAUGUGCGUUACACGGGCCACUGGUACCACUUCUUCGAUAAGGUUGGCCAGUGGGCGAAGCAGCAGCCACGAAAGGGUCUUUGGGAACGUAACGCUCGCUUCUACGUUCCUUCUGUCCACGGAUCAUGGGAAGACUUCCGACAGCAGGUCCGUGUGCAGACAGAGACCGGCACCAACUCUGUCAACAACUUGUGGAGCGCCGCCAAGAAUGCCGGUGAUGGCCAUGCACGGAGUGCGAUGCACCAACAGGGCGACAAGUCCAUCUGGGGUCCCGAACGCCCCGACGAACAGGACAUCUUCGAGGUCGAGGGUGAGGGUAUCCCGCCGACAAGCAUGGACAAGGACCAGUACCAAUGGGGCGUGGGCGAGGAUGCCGACCUAGUCGUUUUCAACCCGCUCUACGACCCAGAGGGUACGACCUGGCUGCUGCGGGACGACGUGACAGGCUAUAACAAGGAGAAUGGCAUGCCACCGCGCCGUACAGCGAUCAUCACUGCAUCGCGGAUCUCCCGCAAACUGCUCACCACUAUGCACCGCGAAUGCAGUCUCAAGCGCCACAGUAUGUUCUCAGAGAUGUGGCCCGCGACCACCGCGCUGCACCACGGCUUCAAGGCCGUCUUCGUCCCGCACGCUGUCUACAUGGACCGUCGUUGGCCAACCCGCUACCUGGAAUCUGUGUUCAACGCCGGUCGCAACGGAGCCUCCGGUGGUGCGCGCACGUCGAUCUUCGGCGAUCGCGAGCACAACUUCCGUGGCACAACCUGGUUCUACUCCGCAGGCUUUUCGCCAAACAUCUGGCGUCGCUGGCUUGGACUGCGCGUCGACAACGACGGCGGCGAGCAGCAGGAGCUUGCUGGCGAGGGCCGCAUGUGUCUUCCUCCUAUGCUAUUGCAUCCCGUCAAAGAAGUCAACAUGGUCAUUGACGACGGAGCGCAAGCAGAGGACAUGUGA